AUGUCAGGUGCUGUUCGUGCUGCGCAACAGCUCUUUGGGAAGCUCGUGCCAGCUGAGCAAGCCUCUGUCGCUAAGUCUGCGUCGACAAUUGUGCGCGACUUCACCCGUUAUGCAGAGGGCGACCAAGUAUUGCUCAACGGGCGUCGCCUCAGUUCACCACUGAAAAGGGACAAAUCUUCUCCUGUGCCCAAUGGUAACGGGAGCAUCCAGCACAAUGACAUCCUAGGCCAGCCUUUGUCUACCCUGCGCAUCGACGGUGCGGACAACCGCUACGUUACGGUGCAAUACCCGUCCCUCGAUCAGUAUGUGUCAAUGACCCGCCGGAAUGUCACUCCGAUAUACUCCUCGUACGCUUCGACGGUUGUCUCUCUGCUAGAUCUACAUGUGCACCCACCUACCACUGAUUCAGAGGUAGCACCAGAUUCAGACCGCGUGGACAUAUUAGAGGCUGGCACAGGGCACGGUAGUUUAACCUUGCAUCUUGCGCGAGCCAUUGCAGUCGGCAACGCACCUCAGCCAGUGACUGCUCUACCCAGGGGCCGUCAAUCCAGUCUGCUGCAAGCCGUGCAAGCCUCGGAGGAGUUGCCAGAUGAUGUUGAUCCGGAAUGGUCGGCGUGGUUUAGGUCCCGACGAGCUGUUGUCAAUACCGUCGAAAAUGUCUCCAAAAACAGCACCGAUGCUGAGAAGUUGAUUCGAGGCUUCCGACAAGGGCUUUACUGGCCACAUAUCGACUUCUAUGCCAGUGGCGUGGACGAUUGGAUCGACGCAAGGCUGGUAGACCGUGAUGAACGCGAUUGCGGCUUCUUGACGCAUGUCAUCCUCGAUAUGCCGGGUGUGGAGAACAUGCUAUCCCGGGCAGCUGCCGCCAUGCAGGAAGACGCAAAAUUGAUCGUUUUCUGCCCUUCGAUCACCCAAGUCGCCGAGUGUCAGAAACUCAUCAAACAGGACAAUUUGCCACUGGUUCUCGAGAAAGCCGUGGAGCUAGGCGAAGGCAUUAGCACUGGUAGAAUCUGGGACGUGAGGAUUGUUACGCCGCGGCCACCACGGCUGUUGAGACAUCAACGUGCCAGCGACUCUCCGCACGAAUCGGCCGAUCCAGAUACUGAGAAUUCAGGCUCUACAUCUGAAGACCAAGCCUUCGUGGAGGAACGACAGAAAACAUUCGACGAGUCGUCGAAGAUGGUGUGCCGUCCUAAGGUUGGCGAGCUCACGUUUGGAGGCGGCUUCCUUGGUCUGUGGCGGAAGUCGACCUUCAAGAAGCCUACGAAUGCAACGGAAACUGCCGGACCGUUUUAA